AUGGAGCACUGUGUUGACUUCCCACAGGAUGAGCUGGAUGAACUUCGGGCUGAAAUGGAAGAAAUGCGUGACAGCUAUUUAGAGGAAGAUGUUUACCAGCUGCAGGAGCUGCGGCGAGAGCUGGACCGGGCAAACAAGAAUUGCCGCAUUCUGCAAUAUCGUCUCAGGAAAGCAGAACAGAAAAGCUUGAAAGUUGCACAAACAGGCCAUGUGGACGGAGAGCUCAUUAGGAGCCUGGAACAAGAUUUAAAGGUAGCCAAAGAUGUUUCUGUCAGACUGCACCAUGAGCUGGAGAGUGUGGAGGAGAAACGUGUUAAAGCAGAAGAUGAAAAUGAAAUCCUUCGGCAGCAAAUCAUUGAGGUGGAAGUAUCCAAGCAGACACUGCAAAAUGAGCUGGACAAGUUAAAAGAG